GUUGGACGGUUUGAUAACUGGAAUUGGCAUGUUUUGAAGCCCCCCCCCCCGGUCCUGUCGGUUUUCCUACCGGUCUCGAGGCCCCGUCUAUUGAAUAUCUAUUUUUCCCUACUUGCGAGCCGCAUCUUAUGAUACAAGUGGUGGCUGCUAACAUCAUUUUCCUUUUUGGGACAUAGGUUUGACGAAACUUUUUCGGUGCCUUGGGACGACAAUUAGCGGCGUGGACAAAGGCCUUUAUAAUAAAGACCUCCUCCCACAGCCUUCCUCAGAAAAAUUAUUUCUUGGCGUCAUCCGGAGUUACUCGUCCGCUGGCUUUAUUUUAUACUAGCCAUUCACAAUGGCGGCCGAUUCCGACCCCGAGAAGCUCGUCCUGGGCCAAGCCGUGUCAGCCAACGAUCAGAACCAGCAGAUAUCCGCUGCGGGUGCCACUCACCGAGCUGCCGUGGUUGACGAGAAGAUUUCCGCUGCCAGCAAUGGUAGUGACGGUAGUACCCAAGAUGGCUUGGACAAACCCGACUCUCACAUUGUCCAAAUGAAUGAGGAUAGCAAAGAGGAUGACCCCCUAGGGCAUUUGCCCCCCGAAGAGGCCGAAGUCAUUCGAAAGCAGCUUGACAUGCCCAAGGUCGACCUCAACUACUCCACCCUCUUCCGCUUUGCCUCUAGGAAUGAUGUGAUUAUCAUUGUGAUCUCUGCCAUCGCGGCCAUUAUCGGGGGUGCCGCUAUGCCACUCAUGACAAUCAUUUUUGGGGAGCUCGGGGGCACUUUCCAGAAGUUUGCGCUGGGCACUAUCACUGCUGCCAAGAUGCAGUCCGAGCUGAAUAGGUUUACUCUGUAUGCUUCCCUCUUCGUCGUUUCCUUCUUCUAUAUAUGCCGCGAUAUCGUCUGAGGCUAACCCUGGCCUCAGGUAUUUUCUGUACCUCGGCAUUGGUGAAUUCGUGACGAUAUAUAUUGCCACCGUAGGAUUUAUUUACGCCGGGGAACAUAUAUCGCAGAAGAUCCGUGAGCAAUAUCUGAGGGCAAUUCUCCGUCAAAAUAUCGCAUUCUUUGACAAGCUUGGUGCGGGAGAGAUUACCACGAGGAUCACGGCCGACACUAAUAUGGUUCAGGAUGGCAUCUCUGAGAAGGUCGGCCUUACUCUUACCGCUUUGUCCACCUUCUUCACCGCCUUCAUUAUCGGGUUCAUCAAAUCAUGGAAACUUACCUUCAUCCUUCUGUCCACCGUUGUGGCUAUCACUCUUGUCAUGGGUGGUGGUUCGUCCUUCAUUAUCAAGUACAACAAAAAGUCAAUCAAUUCAUAUGCCGAGGGCGGCACCGUGGUGGAAGAGGUCAUUUCAUCCAUCAGGAAUACUACCGCCUUCAAUACCCAGGACAAACUCGCAAGACAAUACGACGGCCAUCUCCAAGUUGCGGAGAAAUGGGGUCUGAAGCAAAAAUCUGCAUUGGCAUUCAUGCUGGGUUUCAUGAUGUGUGUCGUGUAUUUGAACUAUGGUCUUGCUUUCUGGCAGGGGAGUAGAUUUUUGGUGUCGGGCGAUACAACCUUAAGUGCUAUUCUAACUGUAUUGUUGGCUGUAAUGAUUGGAGGUGGGCUGCAACUUCUACCUAAUUGUAGUGCAAAAGCUAACUGUUACAGCGUUCUCCCUUGGAAAUGUUGCACCGAAUGGCCAGGCGUUCACCACCAGCGUUGCCGCGGCUGCAAAGAUUUUCGGCACUAUUGACCGCGUGUCACCACUCGACCCUGAGGCUGAUGGGGGUGAGAAGCUGAAGCAUGUCGAGGGCACAAUCGAACUCCGGAACGUUAAGCACAUCUAUCCGUCUCGACCGGAGGUCCCCGUGAUUCACGAUAUGAGCCUCGUCGUCCCUGCCGGAAAAGUCACCGCGCUUGUCGGUGCCUCUGGUUCGGGCAAGUCGACUAUUGUUGGUUUAGUGGAGAGGUUUUACGACCCCGUUGGUGGGAAUAUAUACCUUGACGGACAUGAUAUCAGCAAAUUGAACUUGAAGUGGCUCCGGGAGAACAUCUCUUUGGUUUCUCAGGAACCCGUCCUGUUCGGGACGACCAUCCUCAAGAACGUCUGGCACGGGUUGAUCGGAACGGAAUGGGAAAACGCCACCGAGGAAGAAAAGCGGGAACUUGUCACCAAGGCUUGUAUCAUGAGCAAUGCCGACGCUUUUAUCAGAAGCUUGCCGGAGGGAUAUGAUACGAACGUCGGCGAACGCGGGUUCUUGUUGAGCGGUGGACAGAAGCAGAGAAUUGCGAUCGCCCGGGCUAUUGUCAGUGACCCCAAGAUAUUGCUGUUAGAUGAGGCUACCAGCGCGCUCGAUACCAGAAGCGAGGGCGUUGUGCAAGCUGCUUUGGACAAGGCGAGCGUGGGGAGAACGACCAUUGUGAUUGCUCAUCGUCUGUCGACCAUCAAAACUGCUGAUAACAUCGUUGUCAUGUCUAAUGGUACCAUUGUCGAAUCCGGCACCCACGAUGACCUUUUGGAGAGGAGAGGCGCGUAUUACAACCUUGUCGAGGCCCAGCGGAUCUCGGCCGAGGGGGAUGAGGGGUGUGCUGAAGCCGAUGGCAUCUCUCACACCGACGAUGAUGAAAGGCUCAGGCUGACACUUUCGCGCACCAAGACCAAGGGCGCUAGCGCUGCGGACCCGGGGGAUGCGAACAUUGCGGAUAAACUCAGUAGGACCGCCACGAGCAAGUCGAAGUCCCAUAUUGCAUUAGAGAAUAGGGCACCGGAAGCCAAGCCCCACUAUGGACUCUGGGAGCUUAUUAAGCUUACCGCUUCUUUCAACUCGAGCGAAAAGUUUUACAUGUUUGUCGGUCUCUUCUUCUCCAUCAUUGCUGGGGGUGGUUAUCCUACUCAGGCCGUAUUCUUCUCAAAGUCCGUUGUUGCGCUCUCUCUUCCCCCAUCUCAAUACGGUCAGCUUCGCAAGGAUGCAAACUUUUGGUCCGCUAUGUAUCUCAUGCUCGCCAUGGUUCAACUUAUGGCCUACCUUUUCCAGGGCCUUGCUUUCGCCUACUGCUCCGAGAGGCUUGUUCACAGGGCGAGGGAUCGUGCGUUCAGGACCAUCAUGAGACAGGAUAUCGCCUAUUUUGAUCGUGAGGAGAACUCUACCGGUGCCCUUACUAGCUUUUUGUCAACCGAGACUACCCAUCUUAGUGGUAUGAGUGGUGUCACCUUGGGAACACUCUUCAUUGUUACUACCACCCUUGUUGCGGCUAUCUCCGUGAGUUGCGCGAUUGGAUGGAAACUUGCGUUGGUCUGCACAUCGACUAUCCCGAUCCUGUUGGGAUGCGGUUACUUCCGUUUCUGGAUGCUGGCCAAAUUCCAGCGCAGGAGUAAGAAGGCCUACGAGAGGUCUGCUAGCUUCGCUUGUGAAGCUACUGCUGCCAUCCGGACUGUUGCUAGCUUGACUCGCGAGAAUGAUGUUUGGAACCAUUAUCACUCGGAGCUCAAGGGUCAGAUUCAGAAGAGCCUGAGUAGCGUGCUCAAGAGCUCUACUCUUUAUGCUGGCUCCCAAUCAUUAACUCUCCUAGUUAUUGCUCUUGGUUUCUGGUAUGGAGGUACUCUGAUGAAGACCGGGGAGGUAUGCUAUCAUGGAGCGUUGCUCGGAAAAUACGAUGCUAACUUUUUCAUAGUACAACAUGAUGCAAUUCUUCUUGGUGUUUACAAGUAUCAUCUUUGGCGCUCAAUCUGCAGGAACCAUCUUCUCGUUUGCCCCGGAUAUGGGUAAAGCCAGACAUGCUGCUUCUGAGCUCAAAACUUUGUUUGAUCGCAAGCCUGAGAUUGAUACCUGGAGCAACGAUGGAGCGCCUGUUCCAGAAAUGGAAGGUACUAUUGAGUUCCGUGACGUCCACUUCCGUUAUCCCACCCGCCCCGAACAGCCCGUACUCCGCGGAUUGGAUUUAGUUGUGAAGCCUGGACAGUAUGUCGCGCUUGUUGGACCUUCCGGAUGUGGAAAGAGUACUACCAUCAGUGAGCCAGGAUCCUCGCCCCGUGGUAGAGUAUAGCCAGCUAACAAACACAGGCUUGAUCGAGCGCUUCUACAACCCACUUGCCGGCGGAGUCUAUGUUGACGGCCGUGAUAUCGCCACCUUGAACCUUAACCAAUACCGCAACCACCUCGCCCUCGUCAGCCAGGAACCAACUCUCUACCAAGGUUCCAUUCGCGAGAACAUCCUCCUCGGUGGUGACCGUGACGACAUUACCGAUGAAGAGAUCACUGCCGCUUGCAAGUCUGCCAAUAUCUAUGACUUUAUUCAAUCCCUCCCAGAGGGCUUCCAGACUGUCUGUGGUUCCAAAGGCGCUCUCCUCUCUGGUGGACAGAAGCAACGAAUUGCCAUCGCCAGAGCCCUCAUCAGAAACCCGAAGAUUCUACUCCUGGAUGAGGCUACAUCCGCCUUGGAUUCCGAAUCUGAGCAGGUGGUGCAGCAGGCACUUGAUACCGCCGCCAAAGGACGAACAACCGUGAGCGUUGCGCAUCGUCUAUCUACAAUCAAGAACGCAGAUUGCAUCUAUGUCUUUGACGCUGGGCGAGUCGCCGAGAGGGGAAACCAUGCAGAGCUCAUGGCUAAGCGUGGAAGAUACUACGAGCUGGUCAACCUCCAAUCGCUCGGGAAAAAUAAUUAGCCUAUCAUUUACACGGUGUGGUGGUUUCACCCUCGCCAUCACCUUUUAUUGACCUUUUUUCUUGGCCCCGUCUGUUUUUGGCUGUUUGUAAGCGCCAUAUCUCCUUAUCUUUUCUCCACUUUUCGAAAAGAAAAUUCUUCAACUCAAAUGUUUUGUUAUUAAUACCACACGUCCUGUGGAUUAAUUGUGAUGAGUGUUUGGUUUUUUCCUUCUUCUCUUCCUCUGUUUUUAUUCUUAUUAUUAUUACCUUGUAUUGGCUGGCGUUUUGGUCUUGUGUCGUAGAUUUUUGAUUUGUCUUCUCCCCUCACCUCCGGUAUUUUGUAAGGUGAGUGCGAGUUUGUGUGGGUUAUUGUGAUUUGCUAUUGUUACGGAAGGUUUAGUGGAUUGUCUAUGCGUUUAGUUUAAUGGAUGUUUAAUUGGGUAUGAUACUAGAAACAGGAGAGUUUUUUUCCUCCUGUCAAAGUACGGAGUCGUAGGUUGUGUUUUUUUCUUUUUCUUUUUUCGUACCGUGCUUGAUAGGGUAUCAUACAGUAAGAGCACGGUGCUGUAUGAUAGUACCGGUAGUACAGUCAACCUAGUAGCACAUC